UUUUUCACAGCCAAAAAUUACAAUUAAAAAAGGUUUCAUUCAAUCUCAUCUCGUAUGUUUCAACUGAAUGGAUCAAACGGUAACAAAACGGAUGUUUGACCAAUUACCUCGAUUCUAUUCAUUUAAUCGCACAACAAUAUGUGACACUUGUCCGUCAGGGAGAUCCCAUUAUGGGCCAAAACAAACUAUCAGUUUUGUGUAUUAUACAAUGGUCAUGCAAUAGUGAGAAACAAUCGCGGAGAUUCACUGUUAAUUUAACUACUAAAACUUUUGCUAAGUAAAUUUAAUUUUAAACUUGAAAUUUAAAACAGCAUUUUUAUAAGAAUGUGAAAACAAAAUGCGAUCCCAUAAUUUCAUUAUUGUGAAGAUAAUAAUAGAAAUAUUAUUCCUUGACGGUCUCAUUCAGGACGUCCUAGGAGGACUGAAAUGUCCUGGAAGGUGUGUGGUCGAUCCGGCAUCAUGCCGACUCCUGGGUGGAAAAAUUAUUGGCUAUUGUAUCAACGGGCAGGCCUGUUGUGAUUUAAGUCAGAUGGAAGGAGGGUCAUGCGACACGACGGUAAGAAAUGCAAAGGUAUCUUAUUUUAUGUCUCCCAACUAUCCAAACGAAUCUGGUGGCGAUCUCAUUUGCGAACUGAACCUGGAAUUAUCCGAGAAAACAUUGGGAGUGAAGCUCGAUUUUGUCUCUUUGCAAAUGGACAGUUUGCCGUUUGAUUUGGCUGAUUUUGCUGUAAGUCAAACUCCGGUUUGUGGCUCGGACAUGCUCUUCAUUAAAGGAUUUCAGGGUUGGUCACCUGACCUCAGAUGUGGAAAUUUGACGGGAUACUCCAGUAUGAAUUUAAUAAUUUCCCAAAAUCUGAAAAUAUGUGGAUAUGUAUGUGUGUCAUUGCUUCCUGUUGAACAAAUUUGUGUUCUAGUUUUGGUGGAGACAGAAAAAGGUCAGAAAAAAUUGAGCUUAGUAUUUGUGAUGGCAAGUUCAAUCUACAAGUGGAGGAUUCGAUUGACCCAAUUUACUGAAGAUGAUGUCAACUCACGGGAUUCCAUUGUAUCCAACAAAAUAACCAAUCUGCAUAAUACUGACGACCACUCAAACGACGGUAAUGGAAUAACCGGGUUUCAAAAAAAUUAUGACGAUACUGGAUAUGCAAAUACAAUUCAAGAAGAAAACAGCGAAGGAGAGCCGAUGUUGAGAAUUGCGGGUGGAGAAGAUGCUGAAAAAUUUUCUAUUCCGUGGCAAGUUUCCAUUCAAUCCGUGCAGGACUUUGAGUCUCAUCUUUGUGGCGUUCCCGGAAGAAAUAUGACCGUUCAUCUUUGUGGAGGGUCGAUAAUUGACGAGAGAACUGUAUUGACUUCAGCACAUUGUUUCUAUUCCCCAUCAAGAUUUGCACACCCAACUUUGUCCGUCGAUCAGAUAAAGGUGGUCGUUGGGGAAUUAGAUCUGUGCCAAACCAACGAGACUUCCUUCACCAGAUCGUACUCCGUUUCGCAAGUAAUUUUGCAUUUCAAUUAUUUUGCGAAAGAAAUCUUGAAUGAUUUGGCCAUCAUCAAGCUGAAAGAGCCGAUCGAGUUUAAUCACGGAGUGAAACCCAUCACAUUAGCUGAUACUGAUUUUGAAAUAUCGGACAAACCCACAUUACUCGCUGGAUGGGGGUCGUACAGCUUAGAAGAAAAUAUGACGUACCCAUCCACCUUACAAAAAACUACAAAUCUCGUUCUCUUUGCCGAGAAGGAAUGUGUUGAGAGACAAACUGCUUAUUUGAACUAUAACAAAAACCUCACUAACCUCUCCAAAAAGUACGAAGGGGUUUUUGACCGUGGACUGUGUGGUAGGGGUAAAAGUAAGGAGGUGGAGGCAGGGUUUGGAGAUUCUGGCGGAGGGCUAGUCGUCACAUUGGAAAAAAGUUCUCCGAUUCUUAUUGGCGUUGUGAGCCAUAUGCGUGCAGAAAUCGAUUUUAAAACUAAUGAAACUUUCCAUCUUGAUUAUUUUGUAAAAGUUUCCGCGUUCAAAAAGUGGAUCUUAAUGGGAAUGCUUUGAGCACCCUGUUUGAGAAAACGCGAGUUUCGAAAUAAGAAUGUACAGUUUAUACAUAUGUAUUUGUGUAAGCAUGUAUGAAUGUGAUAUAGAAUAUAGAGUGUGCAAUGUACAAUACGGAAGAAAAAAUAUUUUAAUUUUGGCUUCUAAUUUAAGUUUACAUUUUGACUCAUUAAUUUAACUACUCAAGUUUGAGUAAGAGUUUAAGCAUUCAACCACAUUCAACCACAUUCCUUAGUUGAAUAGGCAGGUACGCUAUCAUCUGGAUAAUAAUAAAAAUACUGAUUACUUUAAUGGAUAGGAAAGAGAUUAAUUUCAAAUUUCAAAAUAAGAAUAUUUUUUAGUGAUUCAUGAAUCAGUGUUUAAUUUUUUAUUUCAAACAAGUUGAUUCCUUCGAAAGGAAUUAAACGCCAGAUAAAAUUGUAUGAUACACUUUGACAAGUUUUUGUAACAUUAAUAUCUUGCAUGCUAUUCGUGCUUGUUACGCAAAAAAUUGCCAGAAAUCAAGUUUUAAGAUUCUCAGAAGAAGUGGUAACAAACACAACUUUCGACUCGAAAAAAUCCCUCUGGCAAAAACGUAACUGAACAGACUAUAUGCGUCAGUGUCUGUCCAUUACAGGAAUUUAAUACAAAUGUAUCAUGUGUGUGUAUGUAUCUCAUACCUUUUAUGACUAUGAAAAUUGACUAAUCUUUUGAGAACCAGUAAUACUCGUUCACUGGAUAAUGUUGUUUUUUCAUUAAACUUGUAUUCGUUAUUCAUGAUAUCUUCUUAUGUCCUCAAAUAGCUGCGAAAGAACUGAUUGAUUUUUGACACAAUGGUACGUAGUCUAACGAAUAAUGUUAUAAUAAAUCCACAGAAAUGUUACCAGACAAUUUGGUUUUAUGACAUUGCUUGCAUGAAAAACUUGAUCGACAAAAAACCGGUGAAACAACUAAUGCUUAAUUUGGAAUGGUUUAAACGAGCCUCGCAAAUCGGUUUAAUAUAAUUUACGUAAAUAUAAUCUCAUCGUGUAUAAAUUUCGUAAACUAUGUAUUGAUGAUCCAAAAGAGUAAAAGCCCCACAAUCUGCU